AUGGGGAAGGCUACUAGAGACAAGCGCCAAGGCAACAUCGAGAAGAAGGGCACGAAGCCGAAAGCGGUGCCAAAGGCAAGUGCGUCGAGCCAGGAGAUAGAUGCUGGCGAGAAAGAAAGGCUUGCGGAUGAAGCGAUUGCAGCCAUCCAGCAAGGCGUGCGCGUCGCCGGCAACCAAAAGGCCGGUGCGCCUUUCGUCCCCGAAGGGUGGGCGGAGAAGUACAAGCCCGCCUUGGGAUCCUACAAACAGUUCUUGAAGGAGAAUCCAGACAAGUUUGCGUUGGUCCCGGAAAAAGAUGGGAACUUCGUGAUAAGGCUUCCAGACCAGCUUGAUCCUCCGAGCAUUCCAGACAAGAAGGUGUGGGAAAAACAUCUGGUAAAGGCUUGGAUGGCAUACUGCAAGGUUGUCCCGAGACCUCAGCGCGAUUUCAAGGCAGGUUUCCUCGCAAUGUUGCCCAAGCACGCUUUGCGCCUGCGGAGUGCGAAGCAGCCAUCGUCGCCCAAGAGCGGGCCCGCUCAGUCGCCUCGACUGUCCCCGAAGCCUUCUCCGAAGCUCUCCCCGAAGCGAUCGCCGAUCGCUGAGAACAGAUCAACAGGCCGGAGAGAAGCUGGAUCCAAAGCUGGGGAGGUAUGCCAUUACCGCGGCACCUUACUGAACGGCUCAGAGUUCGAUAGCUCGCACAAGCGUGGCUCUCCGGCUGCUUUCAAGCCUUCCAACCUCGUUCCUGGGUUUCAAGAGGCUCUGCUGAUGAUGAAGCCAGGCGACACUUGGAGGAUCUGGAUACCCAGUGCGAUCGGAUAUGGCUCCCGCGGCGCUGGAAGCGCAAUUCCGCCCGACACGGCGAUCUCCUUCGAGCUAGAGCUGCUGGAGGUCAGUCCUCCGGCGGAAGGACUGGCAUGGCUAUGGGAGCAGGCCCAGGCGAACCCAAUGCCGAUAGCUUUGGUGUGCCUCUUCGGCUUCCAGCUCCUGCAGGGCUACUUUCAGAAGGGCGGUCCUUCUGAUCUCAAGGAGCUGCCAAUUUCCGACGCAUCUUCUGAGGAGAACCCCAAGGUGUUCCUCAGCAUGAAGAUCGGGGAUGCGGAGCCUGAGCGGGUGGUGAUCGAGCUUUUCGCCAAGAGCUACCCAAAGACUGCAGAGAAUUUCCGUGCUCUCUGCACCGGCGAGAAGGGCGAGGGGAAGUCUGGCAAGAAGCUGACCUUCAAAGGCAACACCUUCCACCGGAUCAUUCCUGGCUUCAUGUGCCAAGGAGGUGAUUUCACCAACGAGAAUGGCACUGGCGGAGAGUCAAUUUACGGCGAGAAGUUUGAGGAUGAGUGGACAAAUGGAUACAUCACGCACAGCAAAGCCGGAAUGCUCUCCAUGGCGAACGCAGGGAAGGAUACCAAUGGCUCGCAGUUUUUCAUCACCCUGGCAGCCUGUACGCACUUAGACGGGAAGCACGUCCUUUUUGGGCAGGUAACAGAAGGUCUUGAUAUUGUCAACAAGAUGGGCGCCACAGGUUCAUCAAAUGGAACUCCGAAGGACAAGGUGACUAUUGUGGAUUGCGGGGAAGUGAAAAGCAAAUCCACAUGA